AUGAGCGUCGACGGGCAUUGGGAAACAACAGACGUCGUUAUCUGCGGAUGCGGCCCGACCGGCGCCCUCUUGUCCGCUUACCUCGGUCGCAUGGGCGUUCACAACAUUGUCCUGGAGAGAGAACCAGAGAUAACGACCGAUCCGCGGGGCAUUGCUUUGGAUGACGAUGGAAUUCGUUUCUUACAAGGCCUGGGGCUCUAUGACUCCGUCUAUACCAAAAUCGGCACCAGCAUGGGGAGAUUCAAUUUCGUCGGCGGGACUACUUGCGAUUUACACACAAAACCAAUUCUGGAAAUGGACUACAACACGACCACCGGUGCCACAGGCCAUGUCGGCUUCAUCGGUCACAAACAACCCGUCCUCGAGAGCCAGAUCAGGAGCGCCAUGUCUCCUUCCUUCUGCUCUCUGAGAUGUAACUCGACCGUCACCCAGCUCGAAGAAGACGAAGAGUGGACGUAUUGCACGUAUUGCGACGCAGACGGAGAGCACAAGAUUCGGGCGCUAUUCUUUGUUGGCGCAGACGGAAAGACUGGUUAUACGCGAAAGCAAUAUCUGGAACCGCGGGGAGUCAUGUUGGAGAAAUUCCAUGAGGCCUUCUACGAAGACACUUGGGUAGCAUUGAACUGGAGGAUCACCAUUCCAACCCCACGGUCGCAUCCCAGCUUUCCUUUGUGGAAAGAAGGAUACUCCCCUGAGCAAGUGUACGACUUAUUUUUUCCUCCGGAAUUCCGCUUUCUCUGCAACCCGUACAGGCCAGCAGUCUGCGGGCGCUUUGGCCUGCCAACCGAUCGGCUGUGGAGGUUCGAGUAUCUUAUUCAGAAAGACGAAGAUGGACACGCAAUGGCCAAGCCUGAGGCAAUGCGAAGCAUCGUAUAUCCUUAUCUCACACACAGGGGAAGUCGAUACAACCUUGUCGAGGAUGUGCAGUUUCCUGAAGAUUGCAUCGAAGUGCUCCGUUGUCGCCCCUUCUCAUUCUCGUCGCGCAUAUGUAACAUAUGGGUAAAGGGUCGAGUAAUCUUAUGCGGCGAUGCAGCACACGUUUUUCCUCCCUUCGGAGGCCAAGGGAUAGCCUCGGGUUUUCGGGACGCGAUCUCCCUAUCCUGGCGUCUAGCCAUGCUCUGCCGCUAUCAACCGAGGAAGGAAAAUCACCAUGAUGUUUUGAAAGCGUGGUAUAAAGAGCGCAAGCAACAGCUCGCGCUAUCCUUGGCGACAACCGUUGAAAACGGGCGCAUGGUGUGCGAAACACAUCCGCUCAAGAUAUUCAUUCGCGACUGGUACAUCUGGCUCAUCCAGCUCAUUCCCAGCUGGAGACGACAACUACAACACGGUCGUCGCAAAGACGCAAUCGUCCGAUACAAACAUUCCGAUGGAAUGCCCUUCAUCCCGGACCUAAACGGCGGUCUCUAUCUCCCCCAGGUAUACUGUCGUACAAUGAAAGGUGAAAUCCUCUUCACAGACGACGCCAUCUACAGUCCAGACAGCAAGUCCCUGUUCCGCUUAUUCGUCUACCUGCAAGACACCUCCGACCUCUCCUCCAUCAACGACACCCUCCAAGACAUCGAAUCCUGGUCGCGCGGCGAAUUCAAUCCCAUCCAUAUCCCCAUCAUCGUAGAGAACAUCACCACUGAUCUAUCAAAGCCAUCGAACAUAUUCCAAAUCGCCACCGCAGAGGAAUUCUCAACCUCACCCCAUUGCAACAACCGUCCCAAACCACUAGACCACGAUCCUCUUCUCCUGAGAAACAACAUCCAGGGAAAGUACGUGAUUGUCCGCAUGGACAGAUUCAUCUACGCAUCUUGUACGGAUGAAAAAGAGCUGAGACGGGCUGUCAAAUCUAUGUUGGGCUAUCUGGAUGGGGAGAUCAGGGAAAGUCGUUAA